UUCAAGACACUUUCCACACACACACUAAUUCACAAUGCAACAAGAGAAGAGCAAAGAAGAUCACAGCCGCUUGAUCAACAUCACGGCGAAAGAUCUAACGGCAAGAAACCGUCGCCUAGUGGAAGUACCCUACACGGCAACACUCUCCCAAGCAAUGAACACAUUAGUAGCAAACUCCAUCUCAGCACUCCCUGUAGCCGCACCUCCAGGACACUGGAUCGGAGCAGGAGGGUCCAUGAUAAUGGAGUCAGAUAAACAAACCGGAGCUGUACGUAAACACUACAUCGGAAUCCUCACUAUGCUCGACAUACUUGCUCACAUCUCCGGAGGUGAGAAUCUCUCUGAUCCCACUGAUCUUGAUCGUAAGAUGGGUUGUCAAGUCUCUUCCAUCAUAGGCCAUUGCCUCGAGGGGCUUAGCUUAUGGACGUUGAAUCCUAGUACUACUUUGUUGGAGUGUAUGGAAGUGUUUAGCAAAGGGAUACAUCGAGCGUUGGUGCCGGUGGAGAGUAGUAUAGAGAGUAGUAAUACUAUUUCGGGUGUUGAGUUGGUUGAGUCUUCCUCUGCUUAUAGGAUGCUUACUCAGAUGGAUCUGUUACGGUUCCUUAGAGACCAUCAUUUUGAUGAUAUGAAGGAUGUGACAAAACGCUCUGUGUCUGAUCUCCGAGCUGUUAAUGAGUCUGUUUACGCCAUCACGGAAAGUACUACUGUUGCUAAUGCUUUGAACUCUAUGAAGGCUGCUUUGCUUAACGCAGUUCCUAUCGUUCAUGCUCCUGAUGUAGCUGAAGAGGAUCAUUUUCAGCUAAUCAACGGGAGGCAUAGGAAGGUGAUUGGUACGUUUUCUGCAACGGAUCUAAAAGCAUGUCGUUUGCCUGAGCUGCAGACGUGGCUGCCACUCUCUGCGUUAGAGUUCACUGAGAAGGCUUCAGGGAAUGAGAGGGAGACUGUGAGUUGCACUGAGGAGACGAAUAUGGAAGAAGUGAUAGAGAAAGUGGUUACGAGAGGAGUGCACAGAGUGUGGGUUGUGGACCAACAGGGUUUGCUUAAAGGGGUCGUUUCCCUCACUGAUAUCAUACGCUCUAUAAGAGCUGCUCUUUUGUAAUAUGUGAUCUUUCUAUGUGUGUCUCACCUCUUUAAUCCUAGAGCUGCUGUUUUGUAAUAUAUGAUCUUGCUUUUUGUUUUCAUCUCUUUAAUCUUACUAUACUAUGCAAGCUUGGUGAGUAUAACCUAAAUACCAUGUAACAGACUCUAUUUCGUUGCUUAUCAUGUAACGCGUACCCUAAAAAGCGAGACUGGAUC